AUGAGCACAGUUGUUUCCUCGGAUAAGCGACGUGAAAGUAUUCUUCUACGCGAAGUAACGCAGAGCGGAGAACAUUCUCAGCUGAUCUGGCUCGAUGAAAAUUUCGAUAAUUCAUCAGAUUACCGUCGCGCACAAUCAAUGUUACUGGAGUUCAAUGCAACUCUUCAGUUCUACUCUGAUUUAGAACAAUGUAGCGAUUUUAUGAAUUCAAUCAAAAAUGAACGAGUUAUACUCAUAAUUUCAGGUGAGUCGGCAUGGCGUCUUCUUGAACAGAUCUCCACUCAUCCAAUUAUUGUUGCUAUCUUGGUUUUCUGCACUAAUCAUCAAAAAGAUCAAUGGUUGAUAAAUCAAUCUAAGAAAAUCAUCGGCAUCUAUACUGAUCAAGAGUGCUUAAAAGAAUCUAUUCGACAUAUGAUCACCCGUAUAGAAAAACAGACACUAGAUUUCUACCUCUUCCAUCAAAAACAAAGAUUUGGUCGAAAUUUAGCUAAAGAAUCAGCGGCAUUUCUGUGGCAUCAAAUGUUGAUCUAUGUACUAAAACAAAUGCCUCAAGAUGAACAAACGAAAGAUGAUAUGCUGAAAAUAUGCUGCAAGUAUUAUCGACAUAGCAAAAAAGACUUGCAGAAGAUCGAAGACUUUCGACUGAAUUAUUCAAGUGACAAGGCAAUAGCAUGGUAUACAGCUGAAUGCUUUUUAUACAAACUAUUGAACAAGGCACUUCGUACCGAAAAUAUCGAACUUCUAGUAGCAUUUCGGUUCUUCAUUAUUGAUCUAUGUGCUGCCCUUGAAAGAGAAAGGCGCUAUUUGAAGGAUCAGCUUCCUCUUUUUCUAUAUCGGGGAAUACAAAUUCGAACGGAAGAACUUGUAAAAUUGCAGCAAAACGAAGGUGAAAUCAUUUCGAUGAACGGAUUCCUAUCUACCUCUCGUAAUAUUCAUGUAGCACUUGCAUUUGCUGGACAAAGCCUGCCUUCAGAUGAUUUUCAAGCAGUCAUAUUUGAAAUCACAGCGGAUCCUUCAUUGGCUACUAUAGCAUUCGCUGAUAUACAAAGCAAGGCUCAAAUAAAAGACGAAGAAGAAGUUCUUUUUAAUCUUAAUGCUGUCUUCAAAAUUGGAUCUAUCACCUUUAAUUCAACGACGAAUAUCUGGAGCGUGAAACUGACUGCUACUGACGAAGGAUCAGAAAAAGUUCAAGCGUAUAUGAUAUGGAUAAAGCAAGAACUGGAUGAACACACGCCACUCAUAUAUUUUGGCCGUAUUCUACUUUUCGAGUUGGGCCAGGUAGAUCAAGCGAAGAGAUAUUACGAGAUGUUGCUUAAGUCGCUGUCAUAUGAUCAUGCAGAUAUUGCAUCUAUUUACAACAGUAUUGGACAUGUCUAUCGUUGCAGUUGUGAUCUGAAUUUAGCUUUGAAGCAUUUCGAAUUAGCCUAUGAGAUUCGUCGAAAGCGACUACUGCCUGAUCAUCCUCACAUUGCUGGUUCGCUCUAUAAUUUAGGCGACAUUAACAUACGCAUAGGAAACUACGACCGAGCUCUCAAAUAUUAUCAAGAGGUGCUCGAUAUAGAUGAAAAAAACUACCCUGGUAGUCAUCACAUUAAAGCUGGCACGAUUAAAAAUAUUGGUCGUGUGUACACUUAUAAAUAUGACUUUUAUAAUGCUUCCGUUAAUCUGUUUCGUGCUUUUGACAUGUUUAAACGUGCCCUGCCGCCUGAUCAUCCACAUAUUGCUCGAUGCCUCGGUUGUAUUGGAAACAUGUAUGAAAAGAAGGGUGAAUUCGACCGCGCAAUCAACUAUUAUCAUCAACAGUUAAAUAUGGAAGAACAAUGUUGGCCACCAGACCAUCCUAAUUGCUGGGCGAAUCUUGAUGCGGUUGUCAAUACUUAUAAAAAAAUGAACAAUAUUAAAAAAGCGUUGGAUAUUUGUCAAGAAAAGCUCAAUGUUCUGAAGAAUACAUUGGGAGAAACCCAUCCUUGUAUUUCUCGAACGCUGAUAAUCAUGGCCAACGCACUCUCGGAUGAGAAUCCAAAUGAAGCCAUCAAACACUAUGAACAAGUUGUGUCAAUAAUACAACAGACCACAUUGGCUGAACCUCUUCUAAUGGCUAAGUGUUUUACAUCGAUGAGCUGCUUAUAUAGGCGACAGGACAUGUUAGAAGAUGCGAUGCUAUUCGAACUCAAAGCCCUUGACCUUAAUCGUCAAACAUUGCCAUCUGAUCACACACAUUUUGCGAAAAACUUAAGAAAUAUUGGUAUUUAUUAUCGAAGCAUGAAUAACCGGUCACAAGCAUUACGCUACUUCAAUGACAGCAUGUCCAUUUAUAGAGCACACUACGGCCCAGAUCAUGAGGACGUGAAAAUAGUCCAGACAGAUAUCAAUGAACUAAAUGAGAAUCAGGUAUAA